UUCCGGUAUUUUGUCAGAUCGACAUGAACUUUAGAAUGUGGAAUGGAAAACGAAACGACAGCUUAUUUCUACCAUGAUUGAGCUGAAGAAAGUGUGCAACCUGACCCAGGAUGCUGCAAAAUUCAUUUCCAGUUGGCGACGUCAAAAUAAGCUACCUCAAACAGAUACAACUGAGACACCUCGACUUUUGAAUCAGGAAAAGGAUGGAGUGAUUCUAUUUACAUGGGACGAUGCAACAGAAUACAGCAAGGGCAGCAUUGUUUCCCAUGUGGGGUUGUAUGACACAGCUUUACAGAAAUACCAGUUGUUAUGGACUUACUCCCAGCGGGUCAAUAUUGUCUCCUGUUCCAUCAACCAGACCAGGUCGCUCCUAGCUUUCACUGUAUGUCGCAAGGACACCAGUUCUACAAAGAAAAAAGAUGUGUACACGGCCUUCAUCGCCGAGAUCCAAGUGUCCAACACUCGUGUGUUUUCCCUCAACCUGGAGCGCUCCUACUUCCUCAAAGUCCAGUUCCUGUACAGCAGUCAAGUCUCGGACAAGGAGUGUCAUAUGAUUGUCAUGCUCCACAGGGAAUCAAUUGGUUUAUACCGUAUACAGUUGGGCCGAGUUGGCGACAAGGGAAUUGUGAUGCGUGACCAGCCGUCAACGGAACAGCUAGCAAAGAAGUUCUACUGGUGUCAGUGGGACGCUACCCACCAGAGACUGUACUACAUACACUAUCAGCGCUACGGCAAGGCAGAUAACCAACAAGUACAGCCGUACAUCUCCAGCGUCCAGUUCUAUGACAAAGCACAACAUGACAACGUGUUGGAUGUGCCCAUUCAUUUCCCAUUCCCACAACUGCGAGCCUCACCUAGACAACACUAUGCUCCCUACCCGUUCCAUCACGGUAUCCCAGACCUGUUCCUGAACUUGGUGGUCCUGACCCAGAGUAACGGGACCUACUGUGUCUGUUACCAACAUCUUACAGAAACACCCUACAAUGGCGAGCGGGCAAGGUCGUCCAGCCGAAGGUCAAGGAAAUCACCUGCCCACACCAGCCCAUCCUCCCUGAAUCUGUCGCUGUCCUCUGAAAAUGAGGAAGAUGUGAUGGAGAUUUCCUACUACAUCUGUAUGGUCCACCACGCCAAGAUCCUACAUGGUCGGGUUAUGGGGAUCCCCUUCUCAGCCAAGCACAGACUUCAUUUCUGCUGGCACAGUGAUUACCUGAUGGUGACACUGCCUGGUCACUUCACACACCUGUUGAAUGUAGGACUGGAGUUUGAGCCCUGUCUCCAUAUACUACUACAUGACAAGACAUUGAGGCUUAAAGCCAUAGUGAACCAGGCCAGUGUGACACCAGAGGGCAGUACUCCCUCGCCGUUUCUUCGUCAGAACUCCGAAGACGAACUCCCCGUGUCGGUUCUGUCCACAACAGCAGAGAAUCUUUCCCACCUGUCCAACACCUGUCUCCAUGCCAUUCAGAAGGACUCACCUACAGAUUUGUACCUGUUUGACUACAGUCGUGGGGAUGUAUGGAAGGUGGUUGUAAACACCGACAUUCUGGUAGAUAUAUUUACUGAGACUGUGAUGCCCUCGACAAGGUCCGCUCUUCUCCACUACGUACUGCUGCGCACGAGGGACUUCUGGCUCCUCAAACGGUUAUUUGAGAUGAUAAGCAAUGAUAUUGCUAGUCCAGAAGUUCCAGGAUUGAUGGCUGAGUUCUUAGCAGGGACAACCUACUCCAGCAUGAGGAGACAGGUGGACCGGGAAUGUCUGAGGUUACUGCCCUUUACUGUGACGGAAACCUUCCGGGGCCAAUAUGAUAAGACAAGGGACAAUGUAAUGCAGGCUCGUCUGACAUACUCGACGCUCAACAGUGUCAAGAUAGGCACACGUACGGCCCAGGAUAGACAGCGCCGCGGCAAUGUGGGGGAGGACAUGUGGGACACACUUCGGCGCCACCUACAGUGGAAGCAGCUCAAUAACAACACUCUGCGCUUCUCAAACAGUGUUAUACAUAAAGCCACGCACCAGCUGGAGACAGGAAUUGGGGCGAAAAGCUCCACAAAGGAGCAGUCAACCAGUAUAGAGAAGACAUUCCUCAGCACCUUCAACACACGUAUUAGCAGUUCUAGGACAGACUCGCCCUCCCCCUCUACACAGAUUGACGGCAGUAAGAGGGUGCGGCCGGACACUGUACUGGGCAAUGCCCCGCCCUUCCUACAGAGCAGCCACACAACUGAGGCGUCUGAUAGUGCUAUGGCUUUGACCAGGGACCUCCUCAGCAACCAUAUGACUCGGCACAUGAGGAAAGAGUCGAAGAGCAAAUCACAGAGUGUAGCCAAGGAAUAUGUCUACUGUCAGCUACAGCAGUCACGUCAGUUGUGUCACCUCCUGUGGAACCUACGUGGUCCCUUACUGCCAUACACUGACCUCGACUUCCUACCCAACCUCCUUGACCCCUGUACUGAGGAUGAGUAUGAGCUGUUUCAGUUGUUUGAGAGGUACUACCAGACCUGUCAGGACCUCGCCUUCCCUAUACUACAAGGAUUUUCAUCCUAUUUCACAGCUAUAGGAGCAAGGGUUCUGAACAAAAGUUUGUUCUUCCAGUACAUAGACAGAGGAGUUCUGCGGUUGACGGGAGAUUUCAUGGCUCAAGUUUUGGGAGAUUUACCUGAUGGAAGUGAAAAUAUCAAAUUCAAGCAGCAGCUUAUAUCCCGACUGCCCGUGGAUUUGGCAGAGGAGUGCUACAGGCAGUGGAACCAUCCAAUCUGUCAGAGAUACUUAGCUCAGAAACAGGUCACACAACUACUGACAAGAGCCUUAUCUACUGGAGCCUCAGACAAGGCCAUGGACUCUGUACGAGGUCUGCAGACAAGACCUGGCAGAAGUGUGGACAACCUGAGUCUGAGCAGUAACCGUGAGUCCAUGUCUUUCGCACCACUUGAUUCCUUCUUACAUCUCCUCGAGACACUAGAUAGAGUUCAGCGCAUGCAGUCUGAUGCCAAGGUACCUCCCCGCCGGAGCCCCAUUGACGUCCAUUUUCUGGAGGAAGUGGCUCUCUACCACACACGCACAGAGACUGACUAUGACCUCAGUACUGUCAACUUCUAAUCGGCAUUGUACAGUGAUUGACCAACUAGAAUAAGGUUAUAAUUUGAUGAAACCUUGGACAAGUCCAUGAGAUAUGUGUAAAAUUAUGUCAUUUAUUAAUUACUUGAUUAGUAACUGUAUUAGGUCUUGUGUACCUGGUACCCUAUACAUAUGUCCUCAAUCAACUGUCCAAGUCCACUUUACCAUAGAUUGCCUCUCUACUUUUACAGAUUACUUAAGGUGGACAGCACCACUGCAUCAGUCAUUAUUGUGAAGAAGAGUUCCACAUUAGUGCUGUCUUUUAAAAAAAAAAAAUAUCGGUAUGCUCCCUUGUGUAUAGAAGGUAAAAUGGCAAAAUGGAGAUUUUCUUGUGAGUUGCUUCCCUUGUGAAGGUUAUCAUCUCUCACUGGGUAGCUACAAUGGUGAAGUAUGAGAAUGAGUUUGAUACCUGUAGAUUUUUUUGAUUUUUUUUCAAAUACUCAAAUUUGGAACAACUAUCCUUGGUCCCCUAGAUCCUUUAAGGUGUUCAACAGUGCAACCAUUUGGUUCCUGUUGUCUCUAGGGGCCUAGGGGAGAAACAUACAUUGUGCUCUGGGUACAUAUGUAUGUAGCGUGAUAUUCCUCUGUUGAUCAAAGGGUCAGUUUAAUGACACCAGGGCCCUGUUGUUUAUGUGGAACAAACGGUUUGUCUGUAACAUUUCUGGUAUUAAUAGUAGCGGACCUGCAAAUGUUUAUGCAGGCCAUGUAAGGCUUUGCCUGAAAGCAGCAUCAGAUUUCCAGAUCUGACCUUAUUUCAUAAUUGAACAACUCUGGUCCAACCGUUUGGACCGCAAUAAAUGAAAAUGACCCAUGUAUCACAUAUUUCAUAUGACUUCAUGUUACUGAACAUUUCAAAUACAAAUUGUUUUAUCAGUUUUGCUCAGACAGUUAUAGUGUGUUACAUAAAUAUCUGAUACAUGUAAAUAUGUAACGUGCAAUUUAAUCUAUUGAAGUAUUUUUCCAUGCUGUGGUUUAUAUAAUAAGGAAUCUUAACUUGUUCCCAAUUAGUAUGAUUUUAUGAACAAAGCUUCAGGAGUAUUUGGAAGUUGUUUGAAGCUCUGUGUUGAUGCAUAGCCUAGUCAAGUAAAAAAGUGGAUCUUGAACUAGAGGUUACUGUCAGAUUGUAGAUUGUGUUGAUGGUUUAGGGUACAGACCUACCCGAGUGUUCCAAAAAGGAUACUUGUUUCAACCCAUUUGGUCAGAACCUUCCCGAUUUCCAGUCGUCGAAAGAUGUUUUGGAACUAUCCCUUCAUGAACAAGCAAUUAACAAGUCAAAAUGAAAAUGAUUGAAUGAUGUCGCUUUUUGUAAUCAUAUAUUUUUGUAAUCAUAUAAAAACUGGGGUGUUUUGUGUAGAAAACAUUUUUUUUAAUGCAGCAUCAUCUUUCGGGGAAAGAAGCAGACUAUUGCUGCAGCUGCGGCUUCGUCAGUCUGUUUUCUCUCAAUUUGAGCUAUGUAUUCAAAAGAGCUUUACUGUAUAUGAUUUGUUACGUAAUUCUGUGACAAAAGACUCAAUUUUGACAAAAUUUUGUGAUUUGAUGUGUUUGUUUUAAAGUAGUGUUUCUUGUUAUACACUGUUAAUUGUUAUCGCUAUGUUGUAGCUUCUAUUUAUAGUAACACAGUUUACCUGUUACAGGUAAAAUAAAUCAUGUUUUCAGAAUAUUUUUGUUUUCUUAUAUGUAUGUUUUAUUUCCCACCUACAAGUACCUGUUAUAUUGCCAGGUAUAUUUUUUGUAUUAAUUCCUCUAAAACCUGGCUAAGACAUGUAAUAUGUUCCAAUUGUUCAGCAGGUUCUGUACAUUAUAAACUGUGAUGUUCUGGGCUAGUGCAAUGCCAAAAAAUAAGUUUUACUGGAAUCAUUAUUAUUUAUUUAGAAAAAGCCAUAACUUGGUGUAAGAGACACUGUUCUUUAAGGAUCUCUGUCACAUAGGCAAAACACUAGAGAGUUCCACUAGUUUUAAAUACAUACAGUAACCUCCCCUUAAUUUCAUU